GCCACCAAGGGAGGCCCGGGGCAUGCCAAGAUGGAGGCUUGAUAAGUUCAGUGGCGGCGCGAGGGAGUUGUGUGUGUGGAGGUGGCCGGGUGGCGGGUGCUGGAAGCCUGCGGAGAGACGGAGAGAGACAGACAGGGAGACGUGCCAGCUGUGUUAGUUAGUUCGCUCCCCUCCCCCGGCUCGUCUCCCGGCUCGUUCCGUGGGCGAUGACCCUUCGACAUGACGACGGACGGAGCGAGCAAGCGGCAGUUCUGGAGGCGCGGCGGCAGUAGGCUGCCUGGCAGCAUACAGCAAGUGUACGGGGCACAGCAUCCUCCCUUCAAUCCACAGCUGCUCAACAGCGCUGGCAAGGGGGCCGUGGGGGUGCCGGCCGUGGGGCUAGCAGGGGGCCCCGUGCCCGGCGCGGUCGGGGGCAGUGCCCCCCUCUUCCCGGCCGUCUCCAUGUCGGUGGGGGUCACGGUAGGAGGGGUCGGGGGGGGCAGCAGCUCGAGGAAAGCAGCCUCCUUCCAGGAGUUUGCGGCGGACACGAGCGACGCGUGGGACGCGGAGCCCAGCGACGACGAGCUGCUGAACAUGGCGACGCGCGGCCUCGCCUCCGACGUGGUGAUGUCGACGGCGCGCGAGGUCAUCCAGAAGCACGAGCGCCGGCGCCGCUCCGCCGGGCCCCCGCCCCGCGCCGGCGGCGGCGCCGCGGCCGAGGAGGAGGGGGGAGGAGGAGGGGAGGCCGGGGAGGGAGGAGGGGAGGGCGCCACGGGACCCGAGGGCCGGAUGGUGAAGUCGCAGAGCGAGUUUGUCAUCUCGGGGAGGGCGGCCGGCGGUUUGGAGCGAGGGUCGUUGCCACGGCAGCAGUCGGUGACCCUGCCGCCGCCGCCGUCGCGCCCGGUCAUCCCCCUGGUGGCGCGCAUCGCCGACCAGAACACGACGGGCUCCAUGUCGCUGCACGACCGCGACGCCGCCAAGCUCGACAAGUUCCACCAGCUGCUGGCGGCGUCCAACACCGACCUCGAGGAGCUGCGGAAGCUGAGCUGGUCGGGGAUUCCCAAGCCCGUGCGGCCGGUCACAUGGCGACUCCUGUCUGGUUACCUCCCGGCCACGUCGGAGCGCCGGGAGCCGACGCUGCAGCGCAAGCGACUCGAGUACUUCAGCUUCAUCGAGCAGUACUACGACUCGCGCAACGAGGAGCACCACCAGGACACCUUCCGCCAGGUGCUGCCUGCUCGCCCGCUCACCCGCCCGCUCACAUGA